UCCGACAGUGUUGAGUCGAAGUUCGUCGGCCGCGGAGUGUUUAGUUUCCAAUUUCGUUCGUUGAUGCCCGUCAUACAUCAACAAGGUCGUGUAUUCGAGUGAUUUUGGUGUAUAAUUCUGUGUUUUCAUUGUGCCGUGGAUUGGAUUGUUAGGUCUUGAGACUCUCGCACAGUUACUACGAUUCGAUUGCGGGAGCUGAGGGGAAGCUGCGAUGUGAAAUGAUCUGCGGCUAGAUCAACUCAUACCUCAAGGACUCAACGCCUACGCCUCGCUGGGAUAUUGAGUGACCGUGUCUUAAUGUGUUCAUUUCAGUGUUUUGCUUCAUCGCUAUUUUGCGAAUGGCGAUCGUUGUCCUUUAAUUAAAAGAAUUCAGUACUAUAAGAAAAAAAUAUAGAUGUGAAAGUUUUAAUGGGUAUCAUUAUUAGAGUCCCAAUUUGAGGAAUUCAAUCGUAAGAGAAUCUACAUUUCUUGAGGCAUGACAGAUUUGGAGCGAGUGAAAAGAUGCUGUCUAAAAAAGGGAGAACUGUGGGAGGACCCCGAUUUCCCUGCCACGCAAGCAUCUGUAUUUUAUCAUCAAACUCCACCUUUCACAUUCCAAUGGAAACGACCAAAGGAACUAUGCACGAGGCCCGUAUUUGUCCACGACACGCCCACUCAGUUCGACGUCGUUCCGGGGAAAAUGGGGGAUCGAUGGCUGGUCUCGUGCAUCGGGGUGCUGUACCUGAGCAAAGGGCUGUUUUACCGGGUGGUUCCGGCCGACCAGACGUUCAGCGACCAGUACGCCGGCGUUUUCCGGUUCCGGCUCUGGUGGUGCGGCGAGUGGGUCGAGGUCCUCGUCGACGACCGCCUUCCCACCGUCAACAAUAAACUAGCCUUCCUCCAGGCUCAACACUCGGACCAGUUCUGGCCCGCCCUUCUAGAAAAAGCCUACGCAAAGCUGCACGGGUCAUAUGAGGCGCUCAAAUACGGGACUCUGUUGGACGGACUAGCGGACCUGACGGGCGGAAUCACAGAAAGCAUCAAUUUGCGUCAAGACCCCACCUCCUGCAGUCGCAUCCUCACCAAACUCCUCGACAUGACCUCUUUAGUCACCUGUUCCGUCCAAACCCCACAACAGAUACGGAAUCAAACAGAAAAACUGGCCAAUGGAAUCCAAAUAGGCACCAACUAUAGACUUUACGCUGUCGAAAGGGUAAAAACGUUCAGUGGGGAAUCUGUGCAAUUAGUAAAACUUUUAAACCCUUUAGGACAUGGAGGAGAGUACCUUGGUGACUGGGCGCGGGAUGCGGCCGAUUGGGAUGAGGUAACUUCUCCAGAAAAAGAGAGGCUAGGCAUUAGGCACAUGGCCGAUGGAGAGUUUUGGAUAUCGUAUUCAGAUUUUGUUAAGACGUUUACUCAUUUAGAGGCAGUUCAUCUAGACAGCGACACAAGUAGGGAUGAACCUUCCCUUCAUCAUAAACAAACCUGGCAAAUGAGACUAUAUCAAGGCUCAUGGCAGAAAGGUGUCUCAGCCGGUGGUUGCCGAAAUAAUCCAGAAACCCUUCACAUCAAUCCUCAACUUCAUCUAAUUCUCAGUGAUAUGGAAGAAGUCGUAAUUUCUCUGAACCAACAUAGUAUAAUGGAACCAAAAGUCAUUGGAUUUUCCGCUUAUUCUCUACCUAAGUCAAACUCAGAAACCAUAGAUAAAUCGUUUUUCAAAAAGAAUAAAUCUAUUGCCAAUUCUCAGUACACCAACAGCCGGCAGGUGAGUCACAGAUGUCAGCUGGAACAAGGAGGUUAUCUAGUCUUACCAACCACUUUUGAACCAGGCCAAGAGUCAAGUUUCACCCUGAGGGUAUACUCAAGUAAACCCUUAAAACUGAAGCUUUUGGAUACAUAUCCCUCUUUGUUGAAAUCAGCAGUUGUCAAGGCUCCUGCUACGCUAGAUGGGAAAAGCUUUAGUCAGUAUGAGGCUGUGUUUUUACAACUUGCAGAUGAGCAUCGGACAGUAAAUGCUUUUGAACUGCAAGAGCUUUUAGACGCUUGUUUACCGAAUGAUUACAUUAAAAGCUGUGCGUGUAUGGAAGUUUGUCGACAAAUAGUAUUAACUCUGGAUAAUUCUGGAAAUGGCCGGCUGAAAUUUAGUGAUUUUAAGGAUCUUAUGUGCAGUUUGAAGUAUUGGCAAACAGCUUUCAAAAAUCACACAAAGGAAAAGACAGGAAUUUUGAAGGCAGAAAGGCUGAAAGAUGCUCUCCUAGAAGUUGGUUUCCAGCUUAGCACCGAAGUAUUAUCAAUUUUAAUUCUGCGAUACAUGCGGAAAGAUGGAACGUUGAGAUUUGGAGAUUUCGUGUCAGCAAUACUACAUCUUAGUGUGGCUUUUAAUAUCUUUGAAUCAAAGGAUCCUCUUCAAAACGGAAGCAUAAAGAUGAAUUUGGCAGAGUGGUUGAAAUCAUCCAUGUCUUGCUGAUGCUGGAUGAUGACUUAGGUCAGAAAGGUAAAAGUCAAGUAGGAAAAUGAAAUCGCAAAAAUGAUUUCUCACCCAAUCGAAGAGAUGAUAAAUGAAUUUAAAGCAGGUACCCCUACCAAAAUUCUCUUUGAAUAUGAGAUCAUCAAUCUGCAAUCUUGCCUUCAGUAAAGGCAGGAUUCGACUCAUAAGUCUCGGAAAAGUGUAAUUGAUAUUAUUAUUGAAAAGAAUCCUGGUACCAUGAAUUAUUUGUUUAACAUGAGCCUUCCGGCAGAAGAAAUAGUAGCCUCAAAGGCUCUUUUCUUGCUUCAAUUCCAGCCUAAGCAAAGAAUAUAUCCAUUUAUUUCAGUCAAAUAGCAUAUGGAUUUAAGAUGCGUUUUCCCCCGUUAUAAUGGAGGUCAACAAUAAUGCUCAAUUAAAAUAUAAAUUUCAUACUUACUUAGAAACAAGUGAGUAUCAAUGGCGAACUCUGAUUCAUCACUUGGAGGUAUGCACUAUACAGGCCUAUAUUCUAACUGGCUAAGGGGAACGCCACAUGAACCUCCCAACGUUGCCAAAUUUCUUUUGAUACAAUAUAAAUUCUCCGAGAAAUCUGUGAACAUUUUUCUUUGAAGUUUUAGAGAAUUUUGAACGUGAUCGAAUCUAAAUCAUUUGAAAAUGUCAUGACUCUCUUUAUAAUAUGAACAUUCUAUUGGAGAUUGGCAACUCUUGGAUGUUCAUACGGCAUUUUUCAUUAACAUGGCAGUAUUUACAUCAGCAGAUUGUCAACAGACUCAGCAGAAAGUAAAUUUCCUUAUUUUUCCAGUGUUUUUUUUUAGGAUUCCCUGACUUUUCAUAUCAAUGAUUACUAUACGAAGAACUAAAAGUGAACAUUUAUGUUUGGCAAUGAUUUCACCGAACAUUAGAAACAUGUGAACUUUUUUUUCUUCAGGUACCAAUCAUUCCAUAUCGACUUAAAUUGUUAUUCCUCAUUGAUUAUUAUUGAUCCAGUACUCAGAGUGUAGUUCAGAACAUUGAACCCUGAAUCAGACUUAAACUUAGUUUGAUUGUGUAGACAGCACAACGUAUUGUUUAUUCACAUUCCAAGUUCCAAGAUUUUUCAAAUUUUCAGUUUUUUUAACAAAAUUACCAGGUUUUCCCUGACCUAAUGUUUCCUACUACUUCCUGGUUUUCCAGAACUGUAAACACUUUGCAUUAGUAAUGAAUUCCCAAAGUACUAGGUGGGUAGAUAAAUUAACUGACCAGAAACUCAUGUUGAAUACGCAAAUGAUAAUAAUGGAAGAAGCCUGUGCUUUUCGAAGAUUUUAUCAAAUCGCAUCGAUUUCAAUGGACCUUGGAUUACCCUGUGUGGAAACAGUAUUCGCACAGGAUUUUUACGUAUGUAGGUACCUAAGUGUGAACAAAAUAAUUCUUUACAACUCCACAACAUAUGUACUUAUUUUGAAAUUUUCUGAAACAGAUCUAUCAUUUUGUAUUCCUACCCGUUCUAAAUUAAUCAAAGCUGAACGGUAAAACUUGGUACUCGUUGUGUUCAGACGAAAAUGAUUACAAUGUAGAUUCAUCAGUCAGCACUAGCACAAGUUCAUCCUGUAGUCAACCUAAUUUUAGUUUUGAAAAAUGCAGGAAAAAUCAGUGAAAUAAAGGCCUGUCAAAUGAAUGGGCAUAUUAUUUUUGGGAAAAAAAAAUAUUUCCCUAGAACAUCCUACCUCUGAAAUUUCUUUGUCUUUAUUGUCUUAUCUUGUCUUUCAUGUUGUACAGAAAUGAUUGUUGCGUUAUUUUUCUAUAUUGUAUUUUUUAUUUAUUAUAUAAUUUUCUUUGUUACUGUAAAUUAAACAUUUUUUUUACUCAA